AGAUGCCGUAGUAUACAUAGUGGAGACUCUUAAAUAUGACAGCAAUUUCUCCUCUGAGGUUUUUUGCGGAGGGAAGUUUCCAAAAGUCCCAUGGAAAUGAUUACAACAAUUGUAUGGCUCAACCCAUAUUCUCGAUCGUCCUGAGCGAAGUAGUGCACUUGAUAGAGUACAAAUUGUGUAAACUUUGGAUUGUUUCGAAGUUAUCGGAGCAAGAGAAAAUACUAAAUAAAAACUACUUUUACUCAAAAACGAAAUUUCCCGGCGUUGUGGGCUGUAUAGAUGGAACACACGUACACAUCCAGGGCCCAAAGGAGGAUGUUCGUCAUUUGUACCUUAAUAGAAAAGGUUAUUUCAGCUUAAAUGUUUUGCUGGUUUGUUGACAGCAGACAUCCUGGCUCAACCCAUGAUGCCUUUAUUUGGAAUAAUAGCUCCCUAAAGCAAAUGAUCUCAAAUACGUGGUUGUUAGGCGACGCCGUUUUUCCAUUGGAACCUUAUUUAUUGACACCUUUCCGAUCAGCUGAACCACAUUCGCUCGAGGGAAAAUACAAUACGAUUCAUUCUAAGGCUCGAAAUAUAAUAGAGCGUACUAACGGGGUUUUAAAAUCUGUAUUUAGAUGUCUUUCUGCAGAACGAGGACUACACUAUGCGCCCCAGAAAUGUGUAUAUAUUAUAAAUGUUUGUUGUGCCUUAUAUAAUAUUGGCAGACAUUAUAAUGCCAAUUGGGAAGAAGUCCCUUCAGAAUUACAAGAACAGUCAAUAUUCAAUGAAAAUAAUGGAGAAAAUGUAAUUGCUUCAAAUAUAAGACAAGCAGUAAUGCAGACAUUAAACGAAUAAGUUAAAUAUUACAUUAUUUUAUAUUAUUUAUUUCAU